GUGAAAACGGCAUUUUUCCGUCGAUCAUCGAUUUUAUUAUCCUGUCCCGGCCGCUGCGAAUUUUGGUUGACACCUUCAAAGAGCGGAUCGUAACGCGUUCAGAAAAUGAGAACGCGAUCGACAGUUGUUGCCGCAUUGCCGGUCGUGCUGCGGUUGCUGCUUUGCUUUCCGGCCAGGAUUGGGGCCGACGACAUCUUCCAGAUGCUGUUCGACCAAACGAGUGCCCUGUUCGGGAACGCAUCGGAUCGCAUCCCGGAUACGGUCGCCUUCCGGAAGGAGUACGAUUUCAUCGUCAUCGGCUCGGGAUCCGGUGGCUCGGUGAUGGCCAACCGUUUGUCGGAGGUGCCCGAGUGGAACGUGCUGCUGCUGGAGGCUGGCAAGGAGGGCAACAUGAUCACGGAGGUGCCGCUGACCGCCGGCUUGACGUCCAUCACGGGCUACAACUGGGGCUACCAAGCGGAUCCCAUGAAGGGGGCUUGCCUCGGCCUGAAAGACGGACGGUGCAGCUGGCCCAAGGGCCGUGGUUUGGGCGGCACCAGUUUGAUCAACUUUCUCAUCUAUACCCGCGGCCACCGCCGGGACUACGAUGAGUGGCAGCGGGCAGGAAAUCCGGGCUGGGGCUACCGCGAUGUGCUGGAGUACUUUAAAAAGUCGGAGCACAUCAACAUUCCCAGUCUGCGUGGUUCACCGUACCGAUCGACGAUGGGACCGCUGGACGUGGAGGAGUCAUCGUUCGAGACACCGCUACUGAAACGAUUCAUCGACGCGGGCCGAUCCCUCGGGUACGCCGAGACCGACUCGAACGGAGAGAUUCAGCUGGGCUUCGGAAAAGCACAGGCCACGAUGCGCAGGGGCCGACGGUGCAGUGCGGCCAAGGCGUACCUAUCCCCGGCAGCCCGCCGUCCAAACCUGGACAUUUCGAUGCACUCGCGCGUCACCAAGAUUCUGAUCGACCCGGUCACCAAGCUGGCGUAUGGAGUGGAGUUUAUGAAGCGCCGCCGGCGAUACGUGAUCCGUGCCCGGAAGGAGGUGAUCCUUGCGGCGGGUGCUAUCGCAUCUCCGCAGCUCCUGAUGCUGUCCGGUGUUGGUCCGCGGGAGCACCUGCAGCAGAUCGGAAUACCGAUCGUGCAGGAUCUGCCCGGCGUCGGGUACAACUUGCAGGACCACGUCAACUUGCCCGGCCUGGUGUUCCCGGUGAACCAACCGGUCACCGUUCGGGAGCGGGACAUGCGCUCGCCGAAGUACGUCCUCGAGUACUUCCUGGAAGGCCGGGGACCAUUCACCGUGCCCGGCGGUGCCGAAGGAGUCGCCUUCGUGAAGACCAACAUCAGCUACACGGCUGCCGACUACCCGGACAUUGAGCUGGUGAUGGGUACCGGUGCAUACAACAACGACGAGUCGGGCACGCUCCGAGCGGCUCUGGGUAUUACGGAAGAGUUCUACCGGCGCACCUACGGGUCGAUCUUUGGACGGCACGCUUUUUCGAUCUCCCCAAUCCUGAUGCGCCCUAAGAGCCGUGGACGAAUCUACCUCAAGAGCGCCAACCCUUUCCACUGGCCGCGCAUGGACGGUAACUUCUACGCGGACUACGACGACCUGGUGGUGCUGCGGGAAGGUGUCAAGUUGGCCCUGUCGUUGGUGGAAAACUCUCGCAGUUUCCGGCAGCUCGGUGCGGAACUCCACAAAACGCCAUUCUUCGGCUGCGAGCGACAUCGGUUCCGUAGCGACGAGUACUGGGAGUGUGCCAUCCGACAGAUCGGCAGCACUCUGCAGCAUCAGUGCUGCACGUGCAAGAUGGGUCCGGCCACCGAUCGGGAAGCGGUCGUCAAUUCGCAGCUCCAGGUGUACGGUGUCCGGGGCCUGCGGGUAGUGGACGCCUCGAUCAUGCCCACCAUACCGGCUUCGCACACGAACGCGGUCGUGUUUAUGAUCGGAGAAAAGGCCGCCGACAUGGUGAAGGAGUACUGGGCCAACGAGAUCCGCUGAGCUGGCCGCUUUGAUCGGACCCCCCCCUCUAGUCAACUAGUCAUCCUAAGUGGUAAACUACGGGUUUUCGGCCAAUGAGCGAUCGAUUUCUGUGUGCGUCGGGUGUGAGGGGUGUCGAAUCCCCGAUCCAGCCCGGGCAUUCCAUUGGUGGUCCCAAUUAGCAACACUCCGCUUCUACUACGCACUGCCAUUAGACGAUUGGAUUCAGGCCGUGGCCAUGGUCCACGGCCG